GAUGUUUGCGUCCUAACAGCGCAUGGAGCUACCGACACAGAUAACGUUUUACAUUGUUUUUUAACGCUACAAGAGACUCAUAUUCCCCAAAUGGAGGUUUUUGGGACAACAAAGAAAAGAAGUGACCCCAGCUUGCCUCUGUCCUCCCUGCGCCUGCUGGUGCCUCCUCUGCAGCUCCUGUCUGCUGCCAUGUGGCAGCUGGCCAAGCAGAAAGACGUGAUGAACUAUGAGAAGCUGCAGGAGUUUGUGACCCUGGUGACGGAGGCAGUUCCCGGUCUGAUCAACCACCGGCAGAGAGCCCAGCUCGUGCUCGGUCUCAGAGCCCGGCUGAUUUUGGAGCUAUGUAAAGGCUCUCCUCGGGGAGACGUUGAUUCUCAAAUGAUCCAGAGUUACUUGGAGAGACUCCCAGUAACCAUUGCCAACACAGAUUGCAUGGAUGCAGAGGUGAAAACAACAGAGACUACUUUCAUUGCACUCGUGCGGAGCCUGCUGAAAGAUCCAGUUGAGAGGGCUUAUUUCUUUCAGGAGGUUUUCCCAGUGGAAUAUGGUCCACAAUAUGACACAGCGCUGCACGUGUUAAUGUGGGAGCUUCUCACCAAGCUGGAGAAGCUGCUUCCAGUACCAGACCUGAAACAGACUGCUGCUUGGAUCACCUCCGCUGCUUCUGCUUUUGAUGAACGCGUUCAGUUGUCACCUGAGGAGCUGAGUUUAAUCUUCAAGCACUAUAAAAGCUCCGGACUUCUGAAAACGACAUAUGGGCCCUCUUCCACCAUUGGUAGCUGCAUCAUGUCUGCUUUGUCAGUUCCUCCCUCACAAAAGACAAGUAUACAAAUGGGACUGGAAUCUAUCCAUAACUACGCCAACACGCCGAACCCAGUCACUCUUUCUGGGACGGACCAGUACAGCGUUGUGGCCAUCUACACCGAAGUGGAGGUCAGAGCGGCUGAGGUGGGCGAGGACACGAGGGAGCCGGCUGAGGUUCAGCUUCAGACAGGUUUCUAUGAAGAAGAGAUCGUGACUGGGAGUGCAGAAAACACCGGGAGUGAAGAGUGUACCGCUUUGAGGACCGAGGAAACGGGGGAACACGUGGGCGUUGCCAAAGCUUUGGAGACUCUGACCAAAACAUUUGCUUUAAAGAAAGACAGCCGGGGUCAAGAUGAAAUAACGGCAAACUGUAACGACCCACCCCCCUGUGGUGAGUUCGGGUCAGGAAACGGACCAGAUGAAGGACAGACCAGUGAAACCAGUGACCAAAGUGAAGGAAAACGAGAAGGAGUUGUGCAAGACUCCCCGCCUGAAACCACAGAAACUACAGACUCUUCUGCAGAAGCGGAAGAUAACUGUGAAUCGAUUUCUGUCAAAGAAAUUACAAAUGUUUCCAGUGAAGCUGGAACGGAGCAGUCGGACUCCUCAGCGAACGUGCGCAGAUCCUCACGUAACCAGACGAAGACUUCAGUGGGUCAGGAGAUCUGCCAGGUCAAGGAGACGGCAAGAGAAACCAGCAAAGAGACACAAAUGUACAAAAAACAUCUUGAAUGUUCUUUUCUGAAAUCAUUUUAAAAACUACUUCACCACAUAUUUCAGUAAUGGUAAAAAAGUAAUAUUAAUACAAGUGAUAGUAAUAAUUUAC